GGCGUUCUCGAUUCUGUGUCGGUUCUCAGUUCUCUGGAUUACAACGAAACCCAAAGCACCAAGACAAGAAAGAAAACCCGCUCCAGCUGAAAGAAAGAAUGGCGACAACGGAGACGACGGCGAAGCUGAGCAAAAACAAAGACGUGAUCCGGUUGGAGAGAGAAUCCGUUAUUCCUAUCCUCAAGCCGAAGCUCACCGUUCAUUUGGCUAACCUCAUUGAACAUAGUUCUGAUCGUGCUGAGUUUUUGAAACUCUGCAAGAGAGUCGAGUACACAAUCCGAGCUUGGUACAUGUUGCAGUUUGAGGACCUUAUGCAACUCUACUCCCUCUUUGAUCCUGUUCAUGGCACUCAGAAGUUGCAGCAGCAGAACUUAUCUGCUGAUGAAAUUGACAUUCUCGAACAGAAUUUCUUGAGAUACUUGUUUCAGGUUAUGGAAAAAAGCAAUUUUAAGAUAGCCACCGAGGAAGAAAUCGAUGUUGCACAUUCAGGGCAAUAUCUACUCAAUCUUCCGAUCACAGUUGAUGACUCCAAGCUUGAUAAGAAGCUUUUGAAGACUUACUUUGAAGCCCAUCCUCACGAGGACCUCCCGGAUUUUUCAGAUAAGUACAUAAUCUUCCGACGUGGGAUUGGCAUUGACAAGACAACUGAUUAUUUUUUUAUGGAGAAAGUGGAUGCAAUGAUUGCACGUUUCUGGGCCUGGAUUUUGCGAAAGACCAGAUUAGAGAAGGUUUUGUCGAGGAGAUCAAAUUCACGGAGUAAGAAGGAUUCCAGAAAAGAUAAUGAAAUUAUCUCUGAAGCAGAAGAUGAUGCAUUAUAUGUUGAACGCAUACGUCUUGAAAAUAUGGAUCUCAGUUUCCGCAAUCUGUCAAGUAAAAUCACAAUUCAAGAACCCACCUUUGACAGGAUCAUUGUUAUAUACAGGCGAGCAAGUUCUCGAGUUAAAGCAGAACGGGGCAUAUAUGUGAAGCAUUUCAAAAAUAUCCCUAUGGCUGAUUUGGAAAUUGUCCUUCCAGAGAAGAAAAAUCCAAGUUUAACUCCAAUGGACUGGGUCAAAUUUCUUAUAUCUGCAGCAGUUGGACUGGUUGCGGUUGUAGGAUCCGUUGAAAUGCCUAAAGCUGACCUCUGGGUCAUGUUUGCUAUUCUUUCCACAGUGAUUGGUUACUGUGCUAAGAUUUACUUCACGUUUCAACAGAAUAUGACUACAUAUCAGAACCUUAUCACACAAUCAAUGUACGACAAGCAAUUGGAUAGUGGGAAGGGCACUCUUCUACACUUGUGCGAUGAUGUAAUUCAACAAGAAGUAAAAGAGGUCAUAAUUUCAUUUUUCAUAUUGAUGGAACAAGGGAAAGCUACUUUGGAGGAUCUUGACCAGCAAUGUGAAGAAUUAAUAAAGGAUGAAUUUGGUGAAGACUGCAAUUUUGAUGUUGAUGACGCAGUUCACAAAUUGGAGAAAUUAGGCAUAGUAUCUCGGGACACAAUUGGAAGGUAUUACUGUGUUGGCCUAAAGCGUGCUAAUGAGAUCAUAGGCACAACUACUGAAGAACUUGUCCUGAAAGCUAAACAAGGUUCCCUUUCUGCUUAAUAUUCGAAGCAACAUCUGUAGUAGCCCACAGAUUUAUCCGAUUGAUUGGUUAUUGUGUAUAAUAAGAAAGGCAUGGCUUUGUUGUUUGUUAACACUGGCGUGGCGUGCGUGACUGGGUUGGAUAGCAAUCAUAUCACUGCAUUGUUGUUUGCCACCACAUUGAAUUACAUUUUUUCUUGCAUUUCUUUUUUUGUGAAUUUCUAGUGAUGGUGUUUCUUCAUUCAUUUACAAACUAUCAUAUUCCCACACAUCUUAAUCUUACGGUGAUAUGUUUGUACCACGGUGAAACCCCUCUGUAUGUAUGCUUCUGCAAAAUCACUUUUAUGAUCGAAGAAUUAUUUGUU